CAAUCACCGCAACCCCUCUAAGACCAAACAAAACCCCUCAUCGCUUCUUCCCCUCAAUUGUCCCAAGUUCAAACAUCUCUCACAACAAAUAAUGUCGCAACCUCCCGCGAAGCGCCAAAAGCGCGCCGAAUAUCGCAAACAAGCUGCCGAAGCGGUCGUCGCGACACCGGAUGAAUCAGCUAAGAUUAAGCUGCCCAAGAAGAAGUUCUAUCGGCAGCGGGCCCAUGCGAAUCCGUUUUCGGAUCAUCAGUUGAAUUAUCCUCUUAGCCCGGCGCAUAUGGAUUGGGCAUCGCAUUUCCCGGCUUUUGUGAACCCUGAUCCCGCACAGACUAAUCCAAUUGGAACGAGGAAGUUGCUUAAGGAUGUGGAGGUCGUGGAUAUUGGGUGUGGGUUUGGUGGGUUGCUUGUUGGGUUGGCGGGGUUGUUGCCCGAGACGUUGAUGGUUGGGAUGGAAAUCCGUGUCGCCGUCCUCGACUAUCUAAGCACUCGUAUUCAAGCGCUCCGCGUGCAACAACAGCAACAGCAACCGAAAACACAAUCGCAGUCGCAGUCGCAACCUCCCUCUUCUACCUCGACCCCUGCCCCUACCACCCCUGUGGCUGAUACACCGGCCGACGCUCCGGCCACCCCGGACCCGAAUACCAGUACCGAUCUCGUCCCCGGAGGUUACCAGAAUAUCUCUGCGAUUCGCAGCAACACGAUGAAGUUCUUCCCGAACUUUUUCAAUAAGCAUCAGCUCUCGAAGAUCUUUAUCUGUUUCCCGGAUCCGCAUUUCAAGGCGAGGAAGCACAAGGCGCGCAUUAUCUCGGAGACGCUGAAUGCUGAGUAUGCGUAUGCGCUGCGGCCUGGGGGUUUGUUGUAUACGAUUACGGAUGUGGAGGAGUAUCAUCAUUGGAUUUUGAGACAUUUCCGGGAUGAAACUGUCGUUGAGGAGGGGGAGAAUGAGGGCCCGACGGUGAAGGAGUUGUUUGAACGGGUGUCUGAGGAGGAGUUGGAGAAGGAUGAGUGUGUUCAGGUGAUGAGGGAGGCGACGGAGGAAGGAAAGAAGGUCACAAGGAAUAACGGAAACAAGUAUGUGGCUGUGUUUAGGAGGAAGCAGGACCCGGAGUGGGCUUGAGGGCCCUGGAUUGCGGGAAUUUCUUGAGUUGAUAGACUUGCUUUGAGAUAAAAGUUAGAUCUGGAUGUUUAUGGUACUUGUGUGACCUUGCCGGGAUGCUAAUGCACAGUUAUAUGGUUCCACUGCUUUCAAUUGAAGUUGCAAGCCUAUAUACAGUGGCGUCCUCCCCUCGGUGGGUCUAUGGUGCACCUCAUAAAAUUGGUGCCAGAUGCCUGGACUUCAAUAAAUGUGCUGU